AUGGUAUCUGUCCUUGGCCCUGACGGGGAAGUAUCAAAAACAAACAUUCAACGUUUAUCGUUCAUCAAAGCAACUCUGAAAGAGUCAGGUCGCAUGAAUCUUGCCGGAGCGUUUGUGGUUGCUCGGGUAUUUGAUAAGGAUCUCGAUGUUCUUGGCUAUCGUAUCCCAGCUGGUGUAAAUGUUUUAUUGCACGAACAUUUACUGUCAGUUGAUCAGCGCUAUUACGGGGAAGACGCGAAGCAGUUUGUGCCAGAGCGGUGGCUGCGUGACGAAAUGGGAAAGAAAAACGACCUAAAUCCGUUUACUUCAUUACCGUUCGGUUAUGGAGUAAGAAUGUGCUUAGGUCGAAGAUUGGCCGAGUCAAUGAUCUAUACUUUGGUAAGCAAACUCAUACUAAGUUUCCAUUUGGAAUACGCAGGAGAUACUACAGUGAACAAGGACAUAAAGGGUUGGUUAAUGAAACCAGACCGACCUGUCUUAGUAAAAUUCAUACCAAGAAAAAGGACAUGGAGUAGUUAG